UCAGCACCUUGCGGAAAUACCGAGAGAGAGAGAGCAGGUCGAUCGGAACCUGUACGUUACUCGGGAUGUUUUCACACUAGAAUAGAGACGUUCAAAUCCAAAUUAACGCUCUAUUAUCUAGUUGCGCCAUCAGUUGAGUUAGUGCACUUGUUCUCCCAUCCGGUGCCGGUUCCGGUUAAUAGGCGCAACAGAAAAAGAGGGACAGAAUGUCCCUGUUCCAGUCAGCGCUCGAUUUCCUGGCCGGGCCCGGCGGAUCCGGUGCCGCCGCCAGCCGGGAUCAGAACGACUUCGUCGGGCAGGUGGUAGAGCUCGGCGAUCUGAAGCUCCGGAUCAAACGAAUCAUCGCGGAAGGUGGCUUUGCGUUUGUGUAUGAAGCCCAGGAUUUGGGUAGCAGUAAGGACUAUGCGCUCAAGAGACUUCUCUCCAAUGAAGAGGAGAAGAAUAAAGCCAUCAUUCAGGAAGUCUGCUUCAUGAAAAAGCUGUCUGGUCACCCCAAUAUUGUUCAGUUCUGCUCCGCUGCAUCCAUCAGUAAAGAAGAGUCGGACACGGGCCAGGCUGAGUUCCUCAUCCUCACAGAGCUGUGUAGAGGCCAGCUGGUUGAUUUUGUGAAGAAGGUGGAGCAGAGAGGACCCAUGUCAUGUGACACAGUGCUGAAGAUCUUUUACCAGUCAUGUCGUGCUGUGCAGCACAUGCACAAACAGUCUCCACCAGUCAUCCACCGCGACCUGAAGAUUGAGAAUUUGUUGAUCAGUCAUCAGGGCACUAUAAAGCUGUGUGACUUUGGCAGCGCCACCACCUUGGCACAUUACCCAGACUACAGCUGGUCUGCUCACAAGAGAUCUAUGGUGGAAGACGAGAUCACUAGAAACACGACUCCAGCAUACAGGACACCAGAGAUGAUUGACCUCUAUUCCAACUACCCAAUAAACGAGAAACAAGACAUAUGGGCUCUGGGCUGCAUACUGUACCUGCUCUGUUUUAAGCAGCACCCAUUUGAAGAGGGAGCCAAACUCCAGAUAGUAAACGGCAAAUACAACAUUCCUCAGAAUGACACCAAGUACACAGUCUUUCACCAACUCAUCCGAUCAAUGUUGAAAAUCAACCCAGAUGAGCGACUGUCAAUCAGCGAGCUUGUUAGUCAACUGCAGGAGAUCGCUGCAGCCAGAAACGUCAACCCAAAAUCACCCAUUACUGAGCUCCUGGAGCAGAACGGAGGGUUCGGGAACAGCACACAGCUUCCCUCGCAGAUCAACAACUUACACAAUGCUGGUGUGUAUGACACAGACCCGGCCAUGGGUGGAGGCUUCCUGGAUAUUCUGAAAGGAGGAACCGAAAGAUUCCUGACCAACAUCAAAGACACUUCCUCCAAAGUCAUCCAGUCGGUGGCCAGCUCCAGUUAUGCUAAGGGAGAACUGGACCUGUCCUACAUCACCUCCAGACUAGCAGUCAUGUCUUUCCCAGCUGAAGGUGUUGAAUCUGCAAUUAAGAAUAACAUUGAGGACGUGCGUCUGUUCCUGGAUUCUCGACACGCGGGUCAUUAUGCAGUAUACAACCUCUCCAAACGCUCCUACAGACCGGCCAGGUUUCACAACAGGGUAUCAGAGUGUGGUUGGCAGCCUAGACGAGCUCCUACUCUGAAGAACUUGUACAGUAUAUGUAAAAACAUGCACCAGUGGCUCAAACAGGACCAGAGGAACAUCUGCAUCGUACAUUGUCUGGAUGGACGGGCAGCGUCGGCUGUGGUGGUUUGUGCAUUCCUCUGUUUCUGUCGUCUGUUCUCUACGGCCGAGGCUGCAGUUUACAUGUUCAGCAUGAAGCGAUGCCCACCGGGCAUAUCGCCCUCACACAAACGGUAUAUUGAAUACAUGUGUGAUAUGCUGGCAGAAGAGCCCAUAAUCCCCCACAGCAAGCCUAUUACCAUCCGCUCCGUCGCCAUGACUCCCGUACCACUCUUUAAUAAGCAGCGAAACGGCUGUCGGCCGUUCUGUGAGGUUUACGUCGGUGACGAGCGAGUCGCAACCACUUCACAGGAAUAUGACAGAAUGAAGGAUUUUAAGAUGGAGGACGGGCGAGCGGAGAUUCCUCUGAAUAUAACUGUGCAGGGAGACGUGCUGAUAGUGAUUUAUCACUCACGCUCAACGCUGGGCGGACGCCUGCAGGCCAAAAUGGCUUCCAUGAAGGUGUUUCAGAUUCAAUUCCAUACUGGGUUUGUGCCCAGAAACGCCUCCACUGUCAGAUUUGCAAAGUAUGAUCUCGAUGCGUGCGACAUCCAAGAGAAAUACCCCGACCUCUUCCAGGUACAUGUAAAUGUGGAGGUGGAGCCUCAGGAUCGCCCUAGCAACAAGGCUCCGCCUUGGGAAAAUUUUGCCACGAAAGGACUCAAUCCCAAGAUCCUUUUCUCCAGCCGAGAUGAACAGCAAGAGAUCCUGACAAAAUUUGGUAAACCAGAGCUUCCACGUCAGCCUGGUUCAACAGCCUGUUACACCUCUGAACCGACCCAGCCGGAGCGUUCGCCUGAAGGGCCACAGACCGAGCAGGAUUCCCCUUCUCCUCAAAGCACAGACACCAAUGCCAACAACUUCUUCCAGAUGCUUGACUGGGAAGAUGGCAGUCGGCAGUUCGAACAUUCUGACAGCCAAUUGGAGGACCAGGAUGAUUUGAGUGGCGGAUCGGAGGAGGAGUCAGUGUCUUACUCCGCCCCCGUUGAUGGGACUCUGUCACGUGACAUCAGCGAACCACUCUUCGAGGCAGACUUCACAACCACGCCACCUGACCCUCAGCCCAACACAGAGGACCUACUCGGCCUGAACUCUGACCCCUGUCCCCCAGCCGCCGCCACUCAGCCGGGUCUUGCUAAUGAGACGGGUUUGAAAAGUUCUGCCAGUAACAGCGAUUUACUGAACGACCUGUUCGCCCCUACACCCAAUGCUGUGCCUUCAGCUAAUGCAGAAGACCUGAUGGGAGAAGGUACAGGAGAAGAUCUGUUCUUCUCCAGCACAUCCAGCCAACCGGCACCAGACACUAAUAAAGACUUCUUUGACCCCUUCGGUGUGGGGUCAGCCUCUGCAGGGUCCGAUCUGUUUGGCGACCUCCUGGGGUCAGACAAUGCUAGUAGUGGGUUCAAAGCUCCGCCUCCUGCAUCCAACUCCAGCCUCUUUAACCUUACAAACUUCGGGGUGUCUGAAAAUGUUUUGCCAGAUAAGUUAUCAAGCGAGACUCCGAAGAUGACAUCAUCAGCGAGUCAGCCUGAUCUGUUAGGUGGCUGGGAAAACUGGACCACAGGAGGAACCAGCACGACUAGUAACAUGACCACUGCUGCCAGCAAACCUACUAUGAGUGCCUCAGGAGUCUCAUCUUUCUCCAAAGCCAAAUCUCAAAGCUUUGACCCCUUCGCAGACCUGGGUAACCUGGGCUCAACACUGCCUGGUUCGGCCAGUACUGGUUUCUCUGGCUCAGGUUUAAAAAUGGCGCCCUCUGCAGGAGGCCCUAAGAACUCAGGUCAGCAGUGGCAGCAGGUUCCUCGGCCCUCUUCUGGCCCCAGUAAACCCUGGAUGCCUCCAAGCUCAGCGCCCAGAACGCAAACCCAGCGCUCCAAACCCACCACCCAACCAGCUAAACCAAACUACAAGCCCAGCUUCAGUGUGAUCAGUGGACGAGAAGAGAGGUGGAUCCGUGGGCCAGGCUUUGGUCCAAAGCCCAAAGUGAAAGAAGAUGACUUUGAGGAUCUUCUAUCCACACAAGGUUUUGGCUCCAAAACUGACAAGAAGAUGCCCAGAACUAUUGCUGAGAUGAGGAAGCAGGAGCUGUCUAGAGACAUGGACCCUCUCAAACUUCAGAUCUUAGAUUGGAUCGAGGGGAAGGAGAGGAACAUCAGAGCGCUGCUCUCCACGCUGCACACGGUCCUGUGGGAGGGAGAGACCCGCUGGAGACCCGUCACCAUGGCAGAUCUGGUCACACCUGACCAGGUGAAGAAGGUCUACAGGAAGGCUGUGCUUGUUGUGCACCCAGACAAGGCUACAGGUCAACCAUACGAGCAGUAUGCUAAAAUGAUCUUCAUGGAGCUGAGCGAUGCCUGGUCUGAGUUUGAGAACCAAGGAGCCAAAGCCCUGUUCUGAGUGUGCUCAGUGAGCGUCUGCCAGGAGCGGCGGGCCCCCUACAGGCAGCCUGAGGCACAGUGCUCUCUCCAUACACACAGCUCUGAGAGAGAGAUCAGUCAAGAGGAAGAAAACAGACCUCUUUCUGCUUGAGGACCUGAACUAUGAUGCGCUCUUCUAAAGAGUGAAACCUGUGGCUCUGGAUUUCUCCUCCUUCAAAAGGGGAACGUGCCAGCAUCCUUUUGCCAUUUGUAGAUGAUUAAAAACCAUGCGCGCGCACACACACACAAACACCGGAGACUACAGUCUGUGUCUUGCACUUCAAAAGAGCUCCAAAACAGAUGGUUUCUGGGACGAAGACAAAAUGAUUAUCGCUGAUUUUUUUUCCUUGUCUUUCUAUGCAUCACACUUUUUUCACUUUUUGUUUUUCAAUCAGCGUGGCUUGUCAAUUACUGAUGUAAAUAAUGACUCGACGUGUGUGUGUGUGUGUGUGUUUGAGGGUGGAUCAUGUUCAUAUAAAGCUGAAGCAGAGGUUUUGACUUCUGUGCUCCACGAUGUGAAGGCUUUUCAUCACUUUCACUUCAGUUUUAUCAUGUUUUCACUGAUCUCUAAUGUUAAUUCUUUCUAGGCACCUCGUGGGAAGGUGUAUUUGUGGGUUCGAUUUCUGCAGUCCAAAGUGUAUUUCAGUGGCUGAAAGCAAACUUAACAUCAACAAAAAGUGUGAGCUUUCCAUAUAUUUUUUUUAUCUAAAGGACCAAUCAGAAAUGUCUGUAUUAUUUAUUGUUUUGAAAGCUGUACAUGGCUAAUCGAUGGAUAUAAAAAGGACUAAAAUAACAAAUUUAUUGCAAACGGUGGAACAAGCAAGCUAAGCAUUUUGCAAAACUAAAAUCAUUCCAAAGCAUCUACUAAUAUGAAUGUGCUUUUUAAGAUUAUUGCUGGAAUGUAAAUCUUUUUUUUUAUUAUUAUUCUUGUACCAUUAUCAUAUUUUCCACAAUAUUCUAUUUGAUGUUUCCAUAAUCUCUUAAUAAUGACACUAGAAAGUUUGCACCGGUCCCUCAGGACAUCAGGCCGAAUUCAGUGUCCAAUUGAAAAAAAAGAAAAAUGUCUGAUACAACUUAAUAGACAAUGAAGUGAGGGUGGAAAUGAAUGUUGUUUUUAUAUAUAGACCUAAUAGACCUAAAUCAAGGACUGGAUGAAAAUGCUGAUUCGUAAAGACUUGGCAAGUCGAGUUCUGUAACCUGCUGUAUUUCUGCGAUUAUUCAUAUAUGAUGCUUAAGGGCGAUACGGUCGGACUAAACAAAACCAAAGCCUUCAUAUGUGUUACUGGUUUCUGAGAGGUCAUCCAUUAGUUUAGAGCGAAAACGUUUGCUGUUAAAGGGACUGAGGGGCUGGUUCAGAUUGUCAUUUCACCGUUUUGAGUGAUUUUUGAAGUGUUUUGGCUUAUUCACCCUCCACCAAAGCCAUAAACGAUCAUAAAUGUUUCAUCCUGGAAUGUGGCACUGGUGUUCAAAAAUGUUCGUGGUGGUUUAAUUAGUGAAUAAGUUGAAUGGGCUCUGAUUGAAAUUAAUGACUGAAUUUAGUCUAGAAAUAUAUUGCCAAUUUCUGUGAAUAUAUACUUAUCUUCCCCAAGAACUGAACAAUGCUGCUGCAUUUUGGUGGAGCGUGAAUAUCUUUUAAUAAGACACAUUUUCUCUCUUUUAGCCCACUCAGCUUUCCUUCGGAUGUCAAACUAGUGUUUUUUCACCAGCUGUCUCCUGCGAUGGAGAACAAAAUCAUAACACCACGGUCUUAAAGAUAUUUUUGUCAUGUUUUCUUUUCUCAGAUUUUGACCAAUAAACCCUAAUCAUGGUU